AUGCCGAAUGCGAAGGAGCAGUCGGAUGGUCUGGAGAUCAUAUGCAUCGGGAAGCUUUACUCCGGUCCUUGGGAAAAGAAGUACUGGAGCUCUUCUAGGGGUAAAGACCGAUAUCCUUAUCCUGUUGACUUCAAUGCAGUUCGCACACAAAAUGGGAUUACAUACAGAAUUGAAAUUUUUGAAGGUCCAAAAGGGCCUCUCUUUACGAUAAGUUCUACUGAUGGGCUCUCAUGUUCUGGUCACACUCCAGAUAUUGCAUGGGAGAGCUUUCAGAAGAAAAGCUGCUCCCAGAUAAAGUUCCUGCAUGGUAAGAGAUUCUCAUGCAAAAUAGAUGGGAUGGAGUUUUUCGGGUUCAAAAAUGCUUUUGUGCAAAGGUUACUCAGGGAGUUGGUGGCAAAUGUGGGUGCUAAUACAGCAAACAGUAUGCUUCAGUAUGACGUUUGCAAGGAUUCCUCUCAUGCAAAGGACUCGAUCAAACCCACGGAAAUACCCCAAGUUAGAGGAAGGAGAAGUCGGAAACAGAUUGUCACCAAUUCAACAUCAGUGGGCAUGAAAGAUCUCAAAAGAAAUUCACUUCUAAAUGGAGAAAUUGAUACUGAUGCUUCAAGUUGUAAGAAAAGGUGUCAAGCGAAAGAUAAUGACAAAUGUUCCACAUUCUUUCCUGCACAGAACAAAGAUAACGAGCUUACCAGUUCUGAAAGGGAUGUCGUGAAGCCAGCCAAAUCGGAAACUAUGAUUGACGAACAAGAACGUAAAGUUUCAGAUAGAGAUGGUUUACAAUCAAAAUCUUUCUAUGCACCAGAUCACCUUAAAAAUGAUGAUUGUUUUCCAGAAGAAAAAUCUCCUCUUAGUUGUGGUAAAUCCACAAGAAUUGAGGAAGGCAAUUACUCGCUUAAGAAGCAAGAUAUGCUUGACCAGCCAACAGUUUCAGCAGGAUGCCAAUCAAAUGGUUUGGUAACUGAAGAAGAAAACGAAAAGAGAACAUGUCUUAAAACAGUUUCUUUUAGUGAACUUUGCGUUCGAGAUACUUUGGAUGACUCUCCAGUUAUACCUGAAGACUCAAUUAAACUGAAAGAGGUUGGUGCCACUGUUUUCGAAACGGAGUCUGAGUCUCCACAAGAAAAUGAAAUUGGAACAUCUAUCUCACAAGGGUUUGAUGAGAGUGAAUUAUCAGUUGGUGAACAAAUAACAAAAUCUAUGAUGACAGUUCUACUUCCUCGAGCCAUUCCUUUGCUAAAGACCUUCUCAAGAAGGAAAAAGAAAAAGGAAAAUGUAAAGGCUUCAGAAGUGACUAUCCCCUCAACCACCAUCAACAUGAAGAUUGGGACAGUUCCAUCUCCUGCCAAAGCAUUUGAAAAAGAUCCUGUUUGGGACCAGAACAAGAAUACACAGAUUUCUCAUAUGAAUCGUGAUAGCUGUAGUCAGAUCAAAUCAGUUGUCCCAGAUAGCUUUGAUGAUUAUGACGAUGGGAGUCAUGUAAAUAGUAAGCCACACCUACCUGAUGCAGCAGCAGAUGAACAAAAUUUUGUUUUUCCUGAAACAUGUCUAAGUGACACGGUUGAUGUGGAAGUAGACAAGUCAAAUAUCUCUUGCUCAACAGAUCGUAGUUUGUUGAAAGGACCUCAAGGGGGUUACAAUUUAGUGCCCAAACCUUCUUUUGGUUCCACCUUUUGCAAUGAAGAGAAUAAGUUCACUAACUCUAGCAAGAAUUCUUUAUGUUCUGGAAAGGAACCUGAAGAUGGUAACCAUGAUCAUCUUGAUCUUGUCGUGCCUGAAUCCGAUUCUCUGAAUCAAAAAUCAAACUGCUUUGAUAACAUACAUGAGAAAAAGGAAGGGGAAGUCAAAUCAACUGCGGACAGUAAUCGAAAUCUGAAGCAUGAAAGUUUGCUUCCAGAUCUUCUCAAGCUUGUUGUAUGCUAUGUCCACCCCAUGCCAAUCUCUUCUGUUCUUUUGAGGUUGGUAAGAAAUGACAUCUAUAUCUGUGUUGUAUCUGGCUCUAUGUCGCAAGAGGACAAAACUCUUUUUGUCUACCGCACUCCAGUUACUGGAGAAAAGAGUGGAAGCCCUGUCUUUGUUGGUCAUGCAUCAGUUAACAUUCCAAUGUCUGAAGAUGCUUUUGGAAACAAGAUUGCAGCGGACAGUUCGGCCAUACAAUUUUCUCCGGAUGGACAAUCUCUUGUUUUACUUAAUAGUAUAAAAGUUCCUUGCUGCAGGGAGGGUAGUACAAAUUGUCUUUGCCCAGCAUGUAGUUCAGAUCACGUUGAGAAGAAUGCAAUAAAAAUUGUGCAUGUUAAAGUUGGCUAUAUUUCAGUUGUCAGCAAACUCAAAACUGCUCAAACUGUACGUUAUAUUUUGGUUUGUGAGCCUAAUUAUCUCGUUGCUACUGAAGAUAGUGGGAAGCUGUGUCUGUGGAUGAUGAAUUCAAGAUGGAGUGCGCACAUAGAAGGAUGCUAUCUACCUUUACCAGAAAAUUCGCCUUCUCACCUAGUGGAGCUGAAGAAGAUUCCCCAGUCUCCUGUCCUGAUAAUUGGUCACAAUGGAUUCGGCGAAUUUAGCUUAUGGAAUAUUGAGAAACGUAUUCUUGUGUCAAGAUUCUCUGCUCCAAGCAUGCCAAUCAGUAAAUGUGUUCCAGUUUGUUUGUUUGACUGGCCAAAAAAAGGGAGUUUCCCUACUGAAUAUACCCAGGAUGAGCUUUUGACUGAUGUCUUGGGUGCUACAAAAGUUCGGCUUUCAGGAAGCAAUGUAAACCACCUUACACACCCAGUAGAUAAUGAGGAUGGGGCUGUCUGGCUUCUAAUUUCAACUGUCCCAAAUACUGAGUUUGAUGAUCCCUUCGAAUCAUGGGGGGCACAGAUGAAUGAAGUUGGAUGUUGGAGGCUUGCUCUGUUAGUUGAAGGCAUGGUGGUUAUGGGAAGACCUUUGGACAUCAGUGCUGCUGCCGUGGGUGCAUCAGCUGGUCAUGGAGUUAUUGGAAGAUCCGAUGGGCUAGUUUACAUGUGGGAGUUAGCUACGGGAAUGAAACUUGGCGAUCUCCAUCAUUUAAAAGGAUCCGGCGUCUCAUGCAUUGCCAGCGAUAGUUCAAACUCAGGGUUGGCUAUAGCGAGCAACGGAGGUCACUUGCUAGUUUACAUUAACCCUAGAAGGGCUUCUUCAGAAGCUUUGAGUGCAAAUGUAAAAUACAAGACGACUUAA